AUGCCGUUUUCUCAUCAUCGAAUUUGGAAAAACCGGAAUAUUAAUUGUGUCUGUUUUUUAAUAGUUCUUGUUGGUAAUUCCUUGUGCUAUCAAUAUCUUUUCUAUACGGGAAAGAUUUUCAUGGAAUUUAAUGGUUAUAUUGUGCAAGGACCUGCAGCGGCGGCGCAAACAGCUUUUGCGAUUUCAACUGUUCCAGUGAUGAGCUUUGUGUAUCCGUUUGCGUCGCUUGGAAUCAAUAUCGUGAUCUUUUUCGCUUUGCUUCAUUUGAGAUGGAAACGAAAAAGUAAAAAGGCGAUGGGGACAAUCGAGUGGAAUCUCUUCUUGAUUUGUCUUUUCACUCUCAUCAUUCAAUUCCUUCUGAUGUUGUUUCUGAGAUACGCGUAUAAAAUAUUUGAUCUAUCAACGGUUGCAUUCGGGUUGAAUCUUGUCUCCGAUUUCUCAACGCUAAGUGAAACUUUCAUCGGUUUGGCUUUAAAUACGACAAUGCGUGGGAAAAUGAUUGACAUGCUGAUCAAAUCGACGAGCUUCAGGAAGAUUUUCAAAGGAUCGUCCACCCGACAAGAAACAUCAAUUCUAAAAGUCACUGCUUGG